AACUUCAUUUCCCAACAUGCCCCGCGUGCGACCGAGGUAAGUGCCAAGGAGGGGAGAGAAAAAGAAGGAGUCUGCGCUGUACUAUGGCCGCUGUCGGACACCGACCGGAGCUGUACCGUUGGCGGCGUUUCACUCAGCCUGCAUCGCGACAAAAGCCAAAAUUUGAUGCUGACAAUGUGGAACAUUGGAUUAAGCGGGUGGAACAAGCAUCCGAAUUUGCUGUCUCUGAGGCAUUUUCUUUAAAAAAGAAAUCUUAUUCUCGAGGUCUCCCUGGUCCAGUGUUGGAUUUGGAAACAACAGAGCAGCUGCACAAUCAUGAUGAGGCAUACAUGGAAGCCCAAGAGCUGCUUAGUGACUGGAUGAAUUCAAAAUUGAAACUGGAACUAGCAAGUGAUCAAGAAGAUGGACCUGAAGAGCCUACUGCCCAUUCUGUUCCUCCCCGGGAGCCCCCUGUUGGUUUUCAGAAGUAUGAAAAGUUUGAUGAUUUGUAUGAUUAUUUGGAAGAAGAAAUGGAAAGUACCACAGUGCAAGAUUUUUUGCAGUAUCUCCUGCAAAGUGAAGUUGUGGACAGUGGUAUAUUGAAAGGCCUUAGAAUUGAAGAUCUUAAGGAGACGAGGAAACCCAGAGAUCCACGGAUUGCCAUGGAGCUAAGACAUAAACAGGUAAAAGAUAAUCGCCUGAAACGCCAGAAGGAGCAAGAGCUUCUGAAAAAAGAGAGAGCCCUGAAAAAAGCUGCCAUGUCAGAGGCCCAGAAGCAACUCCAGGAGGAGAGCAAGAAAAAGGUUCUGAAAGCCAGGAGGGAAGAGGAAGAAAUCCAAAAACAGAUGGUAAAGUUGCGGAAGGAGGUGGUAAUUAAAAGGCACUUCAUGGAAGAAGCACGGAAAAUGGAAAGAAAAAGGCACAAUUUAAAACAAAUGCAAAGGCUGUUAGAAGUUGACCUGCCUCCCACUGUGCCAACCCAUUUGGAGUAUGAGAAAGAAGGACAAAGGAAGGAUAAACAAAUCAGAACACAGGAGCUGCUGAGCAAGAUUGACAUUGCAAAUCAAAAGUGCCUACAGAAGUAUUUCUCUGCCUGGUAUAAGCUUCUUCUGGAUCUCAGGGUUAAGAUGGGAAAAGCAAGGGCACUUGCUGACUGGAAGUGCCAGCUAAAGGCCUUGCGAGCCUGGAGAGAUUACACAUGGUCUCAGAAACUGGAGCAGGAGACUAAAAAUAUGGAGAACCAGCUUCGGGAUCAAAACAGGAAAAAACAGCUGGCUAUAGCGUUUAGUCGCAAAUGCAUUUUGCACCGUUAUUUUGUUGAAUGGCAGUGCUGGAGCCGAACAGAGGUGGAAAAGAGAGAGCUAGAGUUGAAAAAGGAGGAAACCAAGAAGAAAAUGGCAAAGCUGCUGGAGGAAGUAGUACACGGGAAAUGUGCUACAGCUUGCUCAUGCAAUGCCAAGAUAAUAAGUGAGACUAAAGAAGUCCAGGAUCAGCCUGUGAAUCACAAGGAGGUAGCUGAAAUACCCCUUUUACAAGAGGAGCAAGAGUCCACAACUGCAAAAAUUGAAAGGUCAAAUUCCUGCUCUCCAAAGACAGGUCAACAGUUGGAUCUUCAUUCAUUAAAGGAGCCCAAAUGGGCAUGGCAGGUCACUCUGAAGCAUGCCACUUUGAAUAUGGAGGACCGUGCCAUGUUUGGUAACCAAACAAGAAAUUCCACCCAGCGUUUUGGUAACUGCCAUCAAAAAAUAGCCCCUCCCUUCUUGGGAGCUUUUGAGAGCCGCCAUGCCUUCCAGAAGCAGUUGAUUGAAGAACAGAGGCGGCAACUGCAAGAACAGCAGAAUCUAAUCCUUGCAUUUCAGGAAAAUGAGAGGAUAAAGAGGGCCAGGGAGGAUGCCAAGCAAGCUACAGCUGCUACCAAGGCACUUGACAAUCCCAUUCCAAAAAAGAGAGAAGGAAAGCAAUUGAGAGAGAAUUAUUCGGAUUACAAGAAUACAGAGCCUUUUAGGUCAGAAAAUCACCAACCAGCUACCCAAAGCAGGAAGAAGGUGGUACCCUCGCCCCAUCCCUUACUCAAAGCUAUGGAAGAGCGAGCAAUUCAGAGAGCAGAACGGAAGAAGGAACUGGAGGAAGCAAAGAAGAAAAGAGAAGAGGAGAAGUUGGCCCAGAUGCAGGCUGAAGUGGAGGAGCGUCAGAGGCAACAAGUGGCAGAAAAGGAGGCUCAGCUAGAGAAGAGACGGGAGGAGAAGAGACUUCAGAAAAUGAAAGAACUGGAUAAACAAAGGAGGCUUGAGAGGGAGCAGGAGCUCCUCUCAAAAGCAAAACUGCAUUAUGAGAAGGUCUUGCUCAAAAAGCGGGGGCUGGAACCCUGGAGAAGACUACUGGAGCAAAGUCAGCAAAAUAUGGUGGUGGCACAAAGGCAUCAUUGCUCCAGACUGCAAAAAGGGUUUCUGCUUGCUUGGCUUCGCCAUAUCCAGGAGAUCCUUGCUGGGAAAAGAGCUCAGGCUGAGGAGCUUUAUUCUUCUCUGCUACUCAGGAGGUCCUUCAGGAUCUGGAUACAGUACAAGGAUUUUGCAUCUACUUUGGAAGAUAAUGCAAGGAAGAUCUAUGAAACCUCUCUUAAGAAGAAGGUCUUUUGGGCUUGGUUUGAUGUGUUCAAUGAGGAAAAAAGUGCAUUCUGGGAAAAACAGAAGAUGGCCGAUCAAUAUAGUAACAGGAGAAUAAUGCGGACUACAUUAAAGGCUUGGAGGCGAUUCCCAGUAAUCAUGAAGGUGGAAAGAGAGAAGGAAGGAAGACUAGAGCAACUAAGAAAGAGAGUUACUGAAAUUCUCCCAGACUUCCAUCUGUGACAAAGAUUCCAGGCCAGAGGUCUGGUGAAAUUGGAUGAAAAAGGAGUCUGCAUACACCAUUCUCCACUUGAGAAUGAAUCCCUGGAGACAUUCCAGCAAAUGUUAGACCAGAACGUCUGUUUGUAUCUGUCCACACUGCAAUGACACCUUUAAUUCUUGAGGAAAUGUGAUACUGGACUUCUGUUAAAAGUACUGAAUCUAGCAAUCAAACUGGACUUGGAUCAGAGUUUCCUUUCUUCUGCCUACACCCUCUGCAUCCACUGAUAACUCUGUUGCUCCAGCCAAGAAGUUUCUGCCAUGAGAGGAUGUGUCCUUGGAGCUGCAAACUUGCUUUUUGUCCAAGACCUCAGCAGUUCACUUUUUGUAUUAAAAAAAAACCCUUUCUCUCUUUCCCCCUCCCUUAUUCUGGAUUAGACGCAACAUAAGUGGAUAUAGUAAUAAACAUCCCUUUUACACAUGCAAGUCUUUUUAGUCGCUUUUGCACAAUAGGAAGUCUAGGUAACAAAAAUUGUUGGCAUAUCUGAUGCACAGCCUUACAUCCCCAUAACAUUGCCCUGGCCCCAGGCUGCUGAAGGCUGGUAAGCAGCACCAGUGCUGUUCAGACCCAACAACUGCACAAGCAGUGCUAACAUAUUUCCCCCUUUCCCCAUAUGCCUCAAUGGAGAAGACUGCAGUAGUGCUGCUUGUACAACUGCUGGCUUUGAAAAGCAUCACUGCUGCUUAUGAGUCUACAGCAGCCCCAGUGUGGAGCAUUGCAAAGAUGUAAUGCUGCACAUCCUGUAAGCCAUUGCUAUUUAAAUGCUGAGGGAUGGCAUAUUUGGUUACCUACUGUUUAAAGUUGUGGGAGAUUUCUUGUAAGUGUACAGAGGGGUGUUCCAUUUAGUAUGGAUGUAAUGAUGAUUCUUAGUGUGGGACAUCUGAGCAACACAGGGCUGUAACUUCUAAUGACUGAAAACCCAGCACUGGAGGUAGGGAGGGAUUAAGCUGCAUAGUUAAUUACAGCCAGUGGAGUUUUUUU